CAAUUACUCCUGAGGAGAACACGCAUGCGCAGCCUCUCUUCCGCGCUCCUCCGCCUCUCCUGGACGCGCACGCACAAUCUUCUUUUUUUCUCGUCGAUAGCUAUCUGCGCAUGAGCCAUUCUCCCGCCUGGGUACUACGCUUGCGCACAAGAAGAUUAUUCGCCCGUGCGCGGUGUAGCUGGUGUCUGCCUUGCUGCGCAUGCGUGUCUAGUGCUUAGUUCCCCGAGCUGGCGCGCAGCCUCCUCGCUUCCAGUGUGUGCGGCUUCAAUGAGCUGAGAGCCCAGGCCGGAGCCAGCACACAGGGAGCUGACGUCGCUCUUCAUCACGUGACUCGCCUCCAGUUAACCCAUCAUGGCCACAGAGGAGAAGAAGCCGGAGACUGAAGCCUCUAAGACCCAAUCCACUCCAUCAUCCUCCAGCAACCAGAGCAAGCCCGCUCCUGUGAAGCCGAACUACACCCUGAAGUUCACCCUGGCGGGGCACACCAAGGCCGUGUCGUCUGUGAAGUUCAGCCCCAACGGGGAGUGGUUGGCCAGCUCAUCGGCUGAUAAACUGAUAAAGAUCUGGGGCUCGUAUGACGGCAAAUUUGAGAAGACGAUAUCCGGGCACAAGCUGGGAAUAUCAGAUGUCGCUUGGUCCUCUGACUCCAAUCUCCUGGUCUCCGCCUCCGAUGAUAAGACCCUGAAGAUCUGGGACGUCAGCUCGGGGAAAUGUCUGAAGACGCUGAAGGGUCACAGUAACUACGUCUUCUGCUGCAACUUCAACCCACAGUCCAACCUAAUCGUCUCCGGAUCAUUUGAUGAAAGUGUCAGAAUUUGGGAUGUAAAGACCGGGAAGUGUCUCAAGACGUUACCUGCGCACUCUGACCCUGUGUCUGCUGUGCAUUUCAAUCGUGAUGGUUCUCUCAUCGUCUCUAGUAGUUAUGACGGCCUGUGUCGGAUCUGGGACACCGCGUCAGGCCAAUGCUUAAAAACGCUGAUCGAUGAUGAUAAUCCUCCGGUGUCUUUUGUGAAGUUUUCUCCAAACGGAAAAUACAUUCUAGCGGCCACUUUAGACAACACGCUGAAGUUAUGGGACUACAGUAAAGGGAAGUGCCUGAAGACGUACACAUGUCACAAGAACGAGAAGUACUGCAUAUUCGCCAAUUUCUCUGUGACUGGCGGCAAGUGGAUUGUGUCGGGGUCAGAAGAUAACUUGGUUUAUAUCUGGAACCUGCAGACUAAGGAGAUUGUGCAGAAACUACAGGGACACACAGAUGUGGUCAUUUCCACCGCCUGCCACCCAACAGAAAACAUCAUCGCUUCUGCAGCGCUAGAGAACGACAAGACCAUCAAACUGUGGAAGAGCGACUGCUAAGUCCUCCCCGGGCCCCGUAUGAUUAGACUGUGUGGUCAGGGGCCCCGUGCGGCUCCGUCUGGAGGGAGAACAUUUUAUCCAACAUUUUACUUCAUUAUUGUGAAUUGGGAAGAAAACCAAGAUGGGUGAAGAUGAAUCCCGCAGCCUCAAAUGUCUUUUUUUCUUUCUUGCUCCUAAAUUCUUCGGUAAUUUGCCGCUUCUGAUUGGUUCCUUCCUCGUGUUCCGCGAUGUUUCCGGUCUCUUCAGAGAUGAACAUUGGGAAGGUAGAACGUCCGCUGCCCAUCCCCCAAAUAUUAGUUGUUGUUUUACAGUAUGGGAAUCACAUUCCAGUUUACAUCUAUAUACGACCUGUGUAUACUCCCCGGGAGGCUUCUCACUCCAGUCACCUCCAGAGCUGCGGGCAGAUCCCUUAUUGCUGGGCCUCCUGUAUGUGCAACACUAAAUCUACAGACCCUGAACCAGCAGGGGGCGUCGGGGAGCUCUGACCUCCUCUGAUCCGCAGCUUUGGAUGUGAGUGGAGUAUAAGAUCUCAUCUUCUAGAAUCUGAUAUUUGUAGAGUUUUAUACAUCAGAGUAAGCGGUUAGUUCGGUUCAGUAGUGGAGCUGCGCUUUGCCCAUACACCUGCAGACCCCACUUUUAUUUUGCGCCCCCUUCCGUUCUGCAGACGUCGAGGCUUCAUGUUCCUCGCGGUCUUCCACCUCGGUUUACUCGGUAACGUUCAAUCAGUUUUUGUUGUCUGUGACCAAAGUGCAGGGAGACUCUGAGUCCCCCCCAGUAUCACAGAUCCCACCCGUCUGUAUAGUUGUUUACUGCUCGAUGUGUUCUGUAGGGUCGACCGCUCCCGCUAAAGUCCGCAGCCCCCCACCCCCCGCAGUCGUCAUAAUCUCAUCGGACACUGACUACCCCCUGACACCCUCACCUUUAUAUAACUUGGCCCUGAAGCGAUUGUCAUCCAGUCGACUGUAAAUGAAGCUUCCCUAGUGAUCUUUAUCCUGUGCCUCUCCACUUAUUGUAGAACUACAACUCCCAGCAUUCCCUGACCGCUCUAGCUGCAACAUCCAGAGAUCGCCAACCUGUGGCUUUCCAGCGAUUGCAAACGUACAAUUCCCAGUGGGCAACAUUUGUAAAAGUCUUGUAAGUUUUGCCAGGGCAUGCUGGGAGUUGUAGUUUUGCAAGAGGGACAUAGUCUGGCUGCUGGGGCUAUGCUCCUGAGUUGUAGUUUUGCAUGCUUUAUCAGGGCAUGCUGGGAGUUGUAGUUUUGAAAGAACUGGAGGGCCAGAGGGAGGGAAACACUGCAGGUUUAGUUUUCACUAUAUUUAAGAUGCUUAUAGGGGAACUCCGGUAUUGAACCACUUAUCUACAGGGUGGGGGACAAGUGUCUAAUCACAGGGGUCCGACCGCGAUCUCCUGUCUGGACCACCCCGCGAUUUUGUAGAUAGCGGAUAAGUUGUUUAGUAGCGGAGUAUCCCUUUAAAGGGGUACUCCACCCCUAGACAUCUUAUCCCCUAUCGAAAUGAUAGGGGAUAAGAUGUCAGAUCGCAGGGGGUCCCGCCGCUGGGGACCCCCGGGAUCUCUGCUGCAGCACGCACCUGUUGCGGCUUCCGGAAACGCUGGAGUCUUUGGCUCCCGACCACGUCACGAUCUCCCGUCACCGUGGUCAUGAGGCAUUAGGAUGAGAGCCUCCAGCGCUGCCGGAAGCCGCAACAGGUGGGUGCUGCAGCCGAGAUCCCGGGGGUCCCCAUUGGCGGGACCCCCGCGAUCUGACAUCUUAUCCUCUAUCCUUUCGAUAGGGGAUAAGAUGUCUAGGGGCGGAGUACCCCUUUAAGUGCUCACGUAGCUGAAUGUUUGGAGUCUUAUGUUGUCUAAGCUGAUACACGAAGUGUUGCCUAACCAGUGUGCCUCCAGCUGUUGCAAAACUUCAACUCCCAGCAUGCUUGGACAGCUGUUGGCCAACCAGUGUGCAUACAGCUGUUGCCAAACAACAACUCCCAGCAUGCCCGGACAGACAACGGCUGUCCGGGCAUGCUGGGAGUUGUAGUUUUGCAACAGCUGGAGGCUCACUGGUUGGGCAACACUGCUCUACAUAACAACCCCUCAGCUGUGUUAUCAGGAUUCAGUCAGGAUGGUUUUUCUGCCACUUUGUUUUCAAUUACUUGACAGCAAGCAGAGAUCCUAAACCCUAACCAACCGGAAUAGCUGUAUUUGCAUCCGACUGUGGCGGCCAUGUCCUUGGUACCCGCUCCGCCUUCACCCUCUGCGGUUCUUCUCUUCUCCCCCCCCCCCCCCCCCCCCCCCACAUCCUCUUUUGCUGGAUUAAACGCCGAGAAGGGGAGGGCAACGCGGCGACCAUCGCAUCCGAUUUGUAAGAAUAUUUCAGUGUAAAAGAAAAAAAAAAUGGCAGCCGCAGUUUUUGUAUUUUGGAAAUUCAUAGUAUUGUAUUGCUUAUGGCAUGAGUCUGUAUUUACUUCAGAUUUUUUUUAUAUAUAUUUUUGUCAAAAUUUUUUUUUUUUUUUUUUUUUCUGACUACAUACAGAACCAUAAGCUGUAAUAAAGAGGUGGGUUUUUACGUGA